CCUGUGCCUCUGGGGGUCGCAGGUUGCAAGGCUCGCUGCCAGGCUGACCGCACCCUGUCCAGCAUGCACCCUCAACCCGCUACCCACACCUCGAGGUACAGACCCCGCCUCUGGGGCGGGGACCCACCCCGGGCCCCGCCCCCGGCCCUCUGCACUCGGGCUGCAGGCUGGGGCUGGCUGUGCUGUGAGGUCGCACAGCUCUGGCCUCUGGUCCCACGGGCGCUGUCCAGGCAAAGCUGGCCUUGCCCCGGCUGCAGCUAUGAUCAAAUGCUUCCUGGAGGACACGGAUGAUGCAGAACUGAACAAGUUCGGGAAGGAUUUUCCAGGAAAUGAGAGCUGCCACCAACCAGAGGCCAAGACCUGGGUGUCCAGGCCCCAAGUUCCGGAGCCAACGCCCCAGGCCCCAGACCUCUACCAGGAUGACCUGGAGUUCAGAUGCCCCUUGUGGCCCCAACCCUCUGACAGCCAGCAGUACUGUGCCUCAGCCCCUCUCAGCCCCUCAGCCCGGCCCCGCAGUCCAUGGGGCAAGCUUGAUCCCUAUGACUCCUCUGAGGAUGACAAGGAAUAUGUGGGCUUUGCGACCCUCCCCAAUCAAGUUCACCGAAAGUCUGUGAAGAAAGGCUUUGACUUUACCCUCAUGGUGGCAGGAGAGUCUGGCCUGGGAAAAUCCACUCUUGUCAAUAGCCUCUUCCUCACUGAUCUGUACCGGGACCGGAAACUCCUCAGUGCUGAAGAGCGGAUCAUGCAAACUGUGGAGAUCACUAAACAUGCAGUGGACAUAGAAGAGAAGGGCGUAAAGCUGCGGCUCACCAUUGUGGACACACCAGGUUUUGGGGAUGCAGUCAACAACACAGAGUGCUGGAAGCCUGUGGCAGAAUACAUCGACCAGCAGUUUGAGCAGUAUUUCCGAGAUGAGAGUGGGCUGAACCGCAAGAACAUCCAAGACAACAGGGUGCACUGCUGCCUAUACUUCAUCUCACCCUUCGGCCACGGGCUCCGGCCAUUGGAUGUUGAAUUCAUGAGGGCCCUGCAUCAGCGGGUCAACAUCGUGCCUAUCUUGGCUAAGGCGGACACACUGACACCUCCUGAAGUGGAGCGCAAGAAACGCAAAAUCCGGGAGGAGAUAGAACAUUUUGGCAUCAAGGUCUACCAGUUCCCAGACUGUGACUCUGAUGAGGAUGAGGACUUCAAAUUACAGGACCAAGCCCUCAAGGAAAGCAUCCCAUUUGCUGUCAUUGGCAGCAACACUGUGGUAGAGGCCAGAGGGCGACGAGUCAGGGGCCGUCUCUACCCUUGGGGCAUCGUGGAAGUGGAAAACCCAGGGCACUGCGACUUUGUGAAGCUGAGGACAAUGCUGGUGCGUACUCACAUGCAGGACUUGAAGGAUGUGACACGGGAGACACAUUAUGAGAACUACCGGGCACAGUGUAUCCAGAGCAUGACCCGCCUGGUGGUGAAAGAACGGAAUCGCAACAAACUGACUCGAGAGAGUGGUACCGAUUUCCCCAUCCCUGCUGUCCCACCAGGGGCAGAUCCAGAAACUGAAAGGCUGAUCCGAGAGAAAGAUGAGGAGCUACGGCGGAUGCAGGAGAUGCUGCACAAAAUCCAAAGACAGAUGAAGGAGACCCAUUAGCUGGCUUUCAGCCCUGGAUAUUUAAAUCUCCUCCUCGUCGCCUUGCCCAUGCCAGCCCCUCCCGGCACCAGCUCUGCUCAGGCCCCUGCAGCUACUGCCAUGUCGCCUUACAUCCCUGCUGCCUCCCCAGAGACUCAGAGGAAAUAAAGUUUAACAAAUAUAUAGGUGG